GAAGGCUGGGCGUAUAAAGCCGCGCAGAGAGCGUGAAACAAAGCAGACCGAUCGGAAUUGGACUUGGGAGGAGAGGCGCGGAGAGGCGGAAAACUUGUUGGAGGGGAGAGUAAAGAGCCGCUGCCUCUCCUCCUCCACCGCGCUGCGCUUAAGGGGUUCCCACCGGCCUUGCGAUUUAUUUUUAUAUCGGCUUUUUAUAUAGAGAAGUAUAUAUAUAUAUAUUUUUUUUUUUCUUCUAAAGAGAAAAUUCCUGUUCCAAGAGAAAAUAAGGCAACAUCAAUGAAGGAGAGAAGAGCCAGCCAGAAAUUAUCCAGUAAAUCUAUCAUGGAUCCUAAUCAGAACGUGAAAUGCAAGAUAGUAGUGGUGGGCGACAGCCAGUGUGGGAAAACCGCGCUGCUCCACGUCUUCGCGAAGGACUGCUUCCCCGAAAAUUACGUCCCCACGGUUUUCGAGAAUUACACUGCCAGUUUUGAAAUCGACACACAAAGAAUAGAGUUGAGCCUGUGGGACACUUCAGGUUCUCCUUACUAUGACAACGUCCGUCCCCUCUCUUACCCAGAUUCUGAUGCUGUGCUCAUUUGCUUUGACAUCAGUAGGCCAGAGACUCUGGACAGUGUCUUAAAAAAGUGGAAAGGUGAGAUCCAGGAAUUUUGUCCCAAUACCAAGAUGCUGUUGGUUGGCUGCAAGUCUGAUCUCCGGACAGAUGUCAGCACAUUAGUGGAGCUCUCAAACCAUAGGCAGACUCCGGUGUCAUAUGAUCAGGGGGCAAACAUGGCCAAGCAGAUCGGAGCAGCCACUUACAUCGAAUGCUCAGCUUUACAGUCAGAAAACAGCGUCAGAGACAUUUUUCACGUCGCCAGAGUUUUGAAGUGUGUUUUGAAGUGUUUUGAAGAGUUUUGA